CGCUUUUGACGUUAAAAUUACACGCCUGUGAUAAUUAGUCUUGACAGUAUGGGAUCAAAUGACGAUUUGUUUCAUGACAUUGUCAUGUCAGAGGAAAUAAGUCAGAAGGAUGGCUUUGAACAUGGAAGACAAGUAGGAAGAAAUCAAGGCCAGGCUGAGGGUAACAGACUAGGAUGGGAGAAAGGAGCUGCCAUUGGUUCUGAGGUUGGUUUCUAUGCUGGGUUUGCCAAGUCAUUGCUGGAAGAAAUGCUUAACAAAGAAGAUUCUAAACCAAGAGUUGUGAAAACACUUGAAAGGAUUGUGAAAGCAGCAGAAGACUUCCCUCUCUCAGAUCCUCUACAUCCAGACCUUCAAAAUAAACUAGAGGAAAUCCGUACGAAAUUUAAGCAGGUUUGUGCACAGUUGGGGAUCAAACAAGAGGCAUCGAGCAGUUCAGAAAAUAAAGGCAUAUCUUUUUGAGAUAUCAUGCAAACUCUGCAAACAGAAUAGCUUAGCAGUGGGCUGACAACAAUAAAAAAGAACAUCAGUCUGCUGGCUUGAAAAGGAGGGACAUCAGAAGUGAAUUUUACCAGGACACACCACUAUGCUAAGGAUUUAUUACGGAGAAAACAAAGACUUCGAAAGCAGAAAGUGAACUGGCACCUACAUUGUGUACUCCAGUUAUGCUGCAACUUCUCUAUGGAAAUACUGAAAUUUUUACCCGUCUGGAGGAGUGUUGCAAGGUUGAAUAUAAUCAUGCAGUAUCAAAUAACAUAAACGUAACCUGCAUGAAUUUGUAGUUUUUGUUUUGAACAAUCCGUUUGCUAUAUCACGUUCAAAGGUAGUCACAGAAUUCUGUAUUUAUUGUAUAGCAGUAACAUUGCAACAGAACUACCAGUGGUUAGGGUGGCGGCAUAGUUGCAUUCUAGAAGUGCAGAUUUAGUACUUUUCAGCUGGCUGUGAUAACCAUCACACAGAUUGUUAGUUUACUGCGGGGUUGGCAUUGUGUCUGUGUUAACGAUUUUCAGCAAUCUCAUAUUUAUUAUUACUGGUCACAAAUGAAUGAAAGUUCAGACAUUUUUUGGUCAUGGUAAUACCAGCUAAAUGACAUAGGUUGCAUAACUUGUUAUUUUGAUGAAAUUAUGCCUCUUUUUGUACUUUUUUGUUUCAUAGUAUAUUUUUAAUCACAUUCCCAAAUUAUCUUCUCAUUACACCCUCUAUUUUUUACAUUGAUAACAUUUUCAUUUUUACUUUCAUCCAUCAAAAUACAUUUCAGCCUAAAAUUAAAAUCCCCCAACCCUACCACUCUCUUUCAGAAUUUGAACUUUUUAACUUUUCAUCUUUUGUAGGGAGCUUCGUUGUCUGCUGACCACUCUUGUUUAAACAUCUGCUAGAGAUUUUAUUUAUAAACUAAGUAACUCAUUACAGAUUUUUAGUUUUACAAGAAAAGUAUUCUUACUGUACUUUUAUUAAAUUUUGUGAAUAAAUUGAAUAAAUUUUCCUUCAAAGAGAAUUUUUUUUUUUUAAGUCUUUGUUUAAUCUA